UUUCGCAUUGUUACAGGCUUUUGAAUUUUGGCGCGUUCGGAGUGACUUUCGGUGUCGUUAGAAGAAAAGUUGUUAUCUAUGACAUGAGAUAGCAUAUGCCUACAAAGAACAUAUGUUUCUCUUUACAAGAAUAUGGAGAGAGGUAUGUGGAACUCAUCAAGUAUGCUCGUGAGUUAGGACUGGAAGUUUUAUCGCGAAGUUGUCUCGUCUAUCCAAAGGAUACCAUACUGCUCGCAGACUUACCUUUGAGGAAGACCGUAAAAGUUGUAUCUGCAGUGGCCAGCGGUUUAGUUAUUCUUCCUGUUCGAUUCCUCUUGGAAUGUCGUGAUGCAGGAAAAAUCUUGAAAGUUGAGGGUUUUGCUUGGCAGGAACAAGAGUUAAGCGCAAGUUCCACUCAAUUGCUUUUAGAAGCUUCCAGAUAUUGGAGAAAAUGUAAAUAUGGUCCAUUACAAGACGUAUUAGUAUUCAUAGUGGGUGGAAGCAAACCAGAAGUAAAAAACCACAAGGCUAUUGUAGAAGCAGCUCAAGGUAAACUUGUGAAAAAUCAGCCCAUAUCUUUAGAAGAAAAAAGGAAUUUUUUAGUACUCAUUUUGGGCAAAGAGGGUAUUGAGUAUUCGCAGUGGAAGGCAUUGUGUAUUGAACAAUGUCUCGCCUGCUGUUCAUCAUUUUUGCUGUUUGAACUAAUCAUUAUGAGAAGACUACGAAACAGUCAACGCUAUAUUCCAUUCAGUGAAUGUGCUUCAAAUACUGUAGAUAUUUUAGGAAGACACCUUCCUAAACGGGAAAAUUCAACCCAGAGAAGAGAAGGCUCGAUAAUGAUUCCCUCCGACGCGAACUCAGAUAAAGACUCACAAAUUCAGCAAAAUUUAAGUGAUAAAAAGCAUUUCAAAAGAAUGAGUAGACAGGACAAUGAAUGGUCUUCUGUGCAAGAGGUACCUGGCGAAAGCAACAAUGCUGCUUUUCAGAGUGAACCUCACUCCGACCUGUCUCAAUCUACUGUAAUAUCACUAGGUCGAGGUUCGAAUAAGAAUUUUACAGAUACAACAGAAAUUUCUUUGUCGCAUGCUUCAGGGCAGAUGGAACAUGAAGAUCACCCAAGUCACCAUGGUUCCCUGAAUAGUGCUUGUUCUGUCUCUAGCUAUUCUUCUAGUAAUAUUGGAGCUCAGUCAUCAUCAAACUUUGACUUUGAUGAAACCGAUACUUUGGAUACUGAAUGGCCAAUCAUAGAUGGUUUAAAAAAUUCUAUUCAAAAUACGCGCACCGAUUUAUGCAUAUAUAACGUCUUAAGGAUAGCGCUGCGAAGCAUUGUUCGCAACCAUCAAAGCAGCAAUAGACAAUUGGGUUCUGAAAAAUGUCACAGUAGUCCAUUUAUUUCUCUGUUUGAGAUGGCAAGCACGUCUUUUAUAAGAGAAGAUACAAAUUGGAAUAUUCCUCUCGCAAGUAGAAAGAUUGAUACCGAGCUUAAAGACAAGAUAGGUAUUCGUGGAAGACCUGAAAAGCGUUUUUCAGAAAUUAGGCGCCAUCGUUUACAGAAGAUUGCCAAACAGUGGACCAAGGAGAAGGUUCAAAGUUGGUCAGCAGCACAAAUUACGGCAUGGUUGAAUCGACAUGUGAAUGCGAAUGCUUACUACUAUCGUCAUACAGAUCCUGGUGAUGGCAUCACUCAGUCACUUGGGAAGUGGGAUGAAGAAGAACAACAGCUAUUCUUUGCAGAGUAUGAGCGUUGGAAACGUAACGGUUGGCGAAUAGGAUCUUGUUGGGGCAUAUUUUCCCUUGCAAUACCUCGUCGAGUAGGUUAUCAGUGUUCCAAUUUUUAUCGUGAUUGUAUUCGUGAAGGAACUCUUGAGGAUCCUACUUAUGCUAUUUCUGUCGAAGAUGGUGGUGUUUUGAAACGUUUGCACCCGGAACUUGAAGAUAAGAAUCUUGUGCCACCACCUGAGGAACUCAACCAUCUUUCUGAUAGAUGGGAAUGGCCAGAAGUGAAAGAGAUGGAAAGACAAGUGGAUCUCUGGCUACAAGAAAUUCAUCCUAAAGUUGGACAUCAGAUGCGAGAAAUUGAUAGGAUUCGUAAAGGUUCAACCAUUACAAAUCGAAAUAUUAGCAGCGUUUUAAGGCAUCGUACGGUAGGUAAGAAAAGAAUAAGAGAAUCAGAAGAUACCAGAGGCAAUGUCGAGCUGGUUGAAUCUCCUAUCAAUUUAUCGCGUAGUGGAAACGUUCUUACAGACUAUAGUCGUCGUACUUUUACGAAAGUUGUAGGAAGCUCAAAAAAUAGUUUGAAGCGUAGAUUUUCUUCAUCCUCUAGUGCAGCGAGAUCCUCUCGCGAAAGGUGUGUUCAUGGUGGGUUUUCGGAAAAUAAGGAUGUUGUUACCCAAUUUCAAGAACAUGUUUCACAUCUGCUAUUGAAGUCGGUUUCGAAUGCAAGAGAAUUAGAGUUGCACUCUUCUUCAUAUCAUGCUCAUGCAGGCCGAAAGAUUGAAAACAUUGUAAAUAAGUUGAAGACCGGACUACCUGUAAAGGACUCCCGACAGAUAAACUAUUCGAUGGAGCUUGGAGGACAGUCUUUUUUCGACUAUGAAAAGCCCCAGAAAGCAGGGUCUUGUGGUCGAAAAGGCACUGCAAGAAGGCUUGGAAAUAUUGAUUCCAUAUCAAACGAUCAAUCGACUGGCAUUCAGCCUCUCUCUUUUUCGGACUGCAUUUCGAUAACGCGACAUAAUUUGGCACAGCUGGAGCCUUAUAUGAGUUUAAGAGAUGGCAGUAACAAUGCUGGACUAUGCUAUAAAGCAGAAAUCAAAGGUCUGGUUUUUGAUGGAGUAUCGUCACAAAGCGACCGGAACUUUUAUUCCAUUCGGAAAUUGUCUUUUCCUUCGUUAUCAAAACUUUUACCUUUGAUCAUCAAAUAUUCAGAAUUUUACAAAAGUUAUACCGCCCAGUACAAACUUGGUGACAUCAAUUUACCUGAUAUUAUAGAAUCCGGACCAGAGAAUUUCAUUGAGGCUAUUGUAUCUGCUAUACAAAAUUAUUUUUGUCAAGAAGUUUAUUCCUGUGAGAAAGUAGCUCGUUUUUUAAAGGGAUGUCUAGAGUUGUGGACGUUGAAAAAAACAGAAUGGGUCUCACUACAAAAGUUUGCUUCCUCAGAUUCCAUACCACUAGAGUUUGCAUUUCCCAGCCUGUCUGUUAUUUCUCAAACACAGCGAAACUUUCUGUUUGACUGUUAUUUUUUUGUAUUGGAGCUUGUAUUGCAAGGAGCCUGUUCUUUUUCUUUUUGUCAUGUGAUAUUUAUGGAUUUGGUGAAGUUUUUGUCCCGAGUUCCUGAAUAUCUUUAUCAGUCAGAAGGUAAGCUGUAUUUUGUCAUGAGAAAGAUAGUUCGAGUCUAUGAUGAAACUUGCCUUCUCAUUGAAGAUGGUGAAUCUUUUUGGAGCAAAUUCAACACAUUUGUUGAGACUUUCGUCGUGAAUGAUGUUGAUUGGUUACCUUCAUAUUCUUUGGAAGACAAGAUAGACUAUUGUUUAUUUCUGGUGACUCAUUUUUCAUUUGUCUAUUUGUUCAAAACAGAUUCAGAAGUUAUCGAUUUUUCUUCUGUAACCAAUCUUCCUACGGAAGCAAUGCCUAGCAACUGGGAAUUGGUGCUAGAACUUUUGAAGAAGUCUACCUGUUUCAAGGUUGAUGAUAUAUCGUUUCCAGAAAGGUCCCAUUUUGCAUUAUAUGUAUGUGCAUACUUAUCUCUUUAUUGGUGUCCAGAUGAUAGUUUUCUUGAAUGGUUGCUGACCAAUAUGAAUUCGCAUCUGAAGUAUUCUCUUGAAACCGGCAAACAACUUCCCUCCUGUUGCUUUGACUUGCCUAGUUUUUUCAAGGAGACUUUAUAUAGAUUCACAGAAGGUCCUCCUUUUGUGGCAUUUCCUUGUUACUCGAAAUGUUAUGUUUGCUUUUGGUUUAUUCGAGCAAAGAGUGUUUGGUUGUAUCAGACAAGCUCUGCUGUUCAGAAACAGUUUUGCUCUCAAAUGUUUUUAGUAAUAGAAGAAACGGCUGUUUACAGGACGACCGAGAUUUCAGUGGAAUUUUUGGAAUACUUUCAAUGUAUAUAUCGGCAUCUGAGUGGCCUCAUCUUGGCCUUGACUGGUAUUUGUGAUGAUUCGAUGAGAUUGAACGCAUUUAGAAAACUUUGGAGGCCACUUUUGGAAUCCUUAUCGUUUGAUCGAAAAUUUUACUUUAUAUUUUCACUUUUUCUAGAUAUUUGUAAAUUUUUAUUUUCAUCUCUUGUCAAUCCUGGUGAAUAUGCACCACGCCUCGUUGAAGAAUUGUGGCUAUUCUUGUCGAAACUGAUGAAGGAAUACAAAGAUUGUUUUCUAAUAAUAUCGGAGAAGAGCUCAAAGUUGAAAUCUGAUACAGCUUCGGCCUUGAAUGGUAUGAAGAAGGAUAUGUUGAGGAAGCAUAUGUCUAGUUUAGAACAUCUAGUGCACAAGAUUUUUAUGGCUUAUUCUGAAUGGUCAUUAAUCGAAUCAACUCUUUGUAGGAAGAUUCUUUGCUGUUUGGUUCACCCGGACACUUUUUUGUUCGAAGCUCAUCCUCUGUUUUUGGUAACUUGUCGCAAAACGAUGUUCCAGUUAAUUGAUAGAUUGCUCAAAUUUCUACUACAGGGCAUUUCUUCUUCAUAUGAGUCUUCAUCAAAAAUAGACGCAACAAGUGAAGAGGCUAUUUGGGACACGCUAGUUCUUAGUGUCAAUGAGGAAGCCUUUAUGCUGGCAAAGGAAUAUGGCAUGAAACUGUACACCCGACUAACUCCUCUUUUUGUUGCUAUCAUGUCUCGAUUUUUGACUUUUUUUUGUUUGCAGAAAAGUCAGAAUGCCUCCGAAAGUUCUUCUUUUUCAGCUACUUUGCCAGUUCCCACGUUUGAAGACUGCAACUAUAUUGUAAGACUAUCGGCUGACCUUUUUUGUCUUCUGAGCCGUUUAGGUUCUCUAAGUUGGAAGGAGAUAACAAGAGUAACAAUAGAUUGCAAUAUCAAUGAGAAUGUCAACUUUGCGUCGCGAGAUUCUUUAUGGACUUGUAUUAUUUACCAUCAACGUUUUCAAAUUUUAUUCUGGAGACAAAUACUGGAAUCUAGUGUACAUGAGUUUUUACCGCCCGCUCUAUAUGAAGAAUUUGAUUUUUGUGUGAUAAUAACUUGGCUAAGCUCGUUAUGUGGAUGGGAAUCUUAUGCUUCCAAUGUACUAAAGCGUGAAUCCUGUAUUGAGGAUAUGAAAUUUGGUGAAUUGAUAAUCCAAAGAUUUCCUCGGUUAUCAACAUUCAUUCAACCCACUGAAAGUGAAAACAACUCACUAAAUUCUAUUGGGAAACAUCCAUCAUUUGGUCAAGUGGAUGCACAGCGUGGUUCUUUGUUUGCUUGGACUUGUCAUCAGCUGGAAGAUGAAUGGCACAAUUGUAAACUGGGCUGGAGUCGUGAAUACCUUUCACUUGUUCCCUAUGUGAUGCGUCGUGUCAUUCAAAGUAAUGUAAACUCCAUCUUGAAUCAUCCUUCAGACCAACAACGACCGUUGCGUGCAAGUUACUUAGGAUUUGUGUGUAAAAUUUCUGCCAUUAUGAUACUGAAAUGCCCCUCUCUUUUACAAAGACCAAGACGUGGAAGUUUACUAUUUCCUCUUAUAGUGAAUAUUCGCCAGUAUAUGGAUCAUUUUUCAUCAUUCUUAGGAAACAACAGUCACAGAGAAAAGGUAACACUUUCUUGUCAAGUUUUGGCAUGGAUCCUAAAAGGAGUUGCUCGCUUACCUUUUGAAGUUGACUCAGAUAUACAGCGUCUGUUAGUUGGUAUUAUCCGUACCUGUUUAAGUCAGUUGAAUAGUUCUUUUCCAAUAGUAGAAGGACUUGUUAUGUAUCCAUCAGCUUCUAGUACCGAAGGCAGUGUUGAUAUACGGGAGACGUGGGAUCGUUGGUAUUUUUGUUCAUCUUGUGGUACUUCUUCGGGAACACUGGAAAGAACACGAAAACUUCGUCUUUGGUGUGUUCCUAUUUUGAAUUCUUUUCUUAGAGCAAGUGAAAAACAUGAAACUAUUUCAACUACUAUACAAUCUUUGCGAAGUGUAUCUUAUCGUCUGGUGAAAUUUGGUUGCUCUUCUGUAGAAUCAUAUACUUGGCUAAAGAGUUUGAUUCCUUGUCUACAUUCCACUUGGAAGUUACUAUGUCAAAGCUAUUGCGAAAUGCACGUUCGUAGCGAAAUUUACAAAUUAUUGGAUCGUUUAUUGUUAUUUCCUUUAUCUGGAAUGCCUGACCUUUUCGAAUUAUAUCUAUCCUUUUAUCAAUUAGUUGGAUAUUAUGUUUUGAAGGAAUCAGCGCAGAAUGUCGGUCUUUCUGCAUUUCGAAAGGCAUUGAAGAAGAAAAUUGAUCUUGCAUACAAUUAUAGUUGGAAACCUCUGGUCAAGGAUUUCGUCAGUGUUUCUGAACCAAGUGCAUUUAAUGUGAGAGAGGAUUAUACCGUAUUGAAUGCACAUAUCGCUGAAGAUUCAUCCUACGUUGCAAAUCACAAUCAUCAGAAUAGUUUUUACGAAUGGAAUACACUAGAUGACUUGUAUUUAGGCUGGUAUGUCGUUCGACACUGUAUCCAACGAUAUCCCAAGCACCCAGUAGCCACUGAAUGGAUAGAGUUGUUGUCUUGUUUGGUAGAUCAUUUCGAUGAAAGAAGAGCAAACAUGAUCCGGAAGGAGAUUUUAAAAUUUAGUUUUCAGAAGCCAUGGAAGCCUUGUUGUAUAGGAUAAGAUAAAUUCAAUAUUUCUCUC